AUGUCUCAAAAUCAGGGUGUGGAAAAUAGGAUUUUAUUGGCAUCCCUUAAUAUGCUGCAGUUAGAUGCUACUGUAGUGUCCAGGACCAACUCAUCAACCAUCCUUGACACUGCUUCUAUGGAUGUUGAACAUGGUGGUCCAUCUGUUGAUCAUUCUAUUGUCAUGAAUACCCUCCAAGCACCUCAGCAGGUCACAUCUAGGCCUGACUCAUUGACUGUCCCUGGUGUUCCCAUCAACAUUAAUCUGUUGUCUUCCAGCAAUACAGGUGGUCUGUCCAUCGAUUCAACUGUGCUUAAUGCUCCUGUCAACAUUAAUCUGUCCAUUGAUCAUCCCACCAAUGCAAAUACCCUCUCAAGCCAGCCAAAGGCUGUGAAUGAUCCACCCCCUGUUCUCCAUCAGUGGCACUGCUCAGCUUUUCUUAUGCAUCAGGAGGCCAUCAUGAGCCUGAUCAGGUUAGUAGAUGGUGUGUACCCCCAAGACAGCAUGGACCUGGAUGUUCAAGAAUCACAGAGGUGCCUUUCCCAGGAGCUGGACCCUUAUCAUGAGUGCUUGGAUGCAAUAGUUGAUGCCCAAUGGGCAAAGCUGAAGGGAGAGCAGGGCUUGCAGUCAUUUUCUGGGAGUCUGAACUUGAUGCCUGACUUAAGUUACUCCACUGGUUAG